AUGACUACUUUGAUCAAGGUGCCCUGCUCGUCAGCCAACAUUGGCCCCGGCUUCGACGUUAUCGGUCUUGCGCUCAACCUUUACCUCGAACUCGAGGUCACCGUCACCAAAAAAGACAAGUCUGAACAUGCGCUCAAUUGCAGAGUAACAUAUGAAGGCGUAGGCGCUGAAGAUGUCCCCCUCAAUGCGCAGGACAAUCUCAUCACACGAACAGCCGUAUACGUCCUCCGUUGCCAUGGCGUCCGCGACUUUCCCUCCGAGACACACGUACAUGUCAAGAACCCCAUACCCCUAGGGCGAGGCCUGGGUUCCUCAGCGGCAGCCAUUGUGGCAGGUGUGCAUUUGGCCAACGAAGUGGGCAAUCUCAAUCUGUCAAGGGCGCGCAUGCUCGACUAUUGCCUGAUGGAAGAGCGACACCCCGAUAACGUCGCGGCAGCGCUCUAUGGAGGUUUUGUCGGUACUUAUCUAAAUGAACUCUCGCCCGAAGACACGGAGCGCCUUGAGAUCCCGCUUAGCGAAGUCUUGCCCCAGCCUGCGGGAGGCGUAGAUACCGGUCUCCGCCCGCCCGAGCCUCCUCUGAACAUCGGACACUACACAAAGUUCAACUGGUCGCCCGCCAUCAAGUGUGUAUGCAUAGUUCCACAAUUCGAAGUGUCCACGGCAAAGGCACGCGCCGUAUUGCCGGAUUCCUAUUCAAGAAAAGAUGCCAUCUUCAACAUGCAGCGCCUGGCUGUCUUGACGACUGCCCUCGGUCAAGCCACACCUGACCCUGACAUGAUCUACACAGCCAUGCAAGACAAGCUCCACCAGCCAUACCGGAGUGGCUUGAUCCCUGGACUUACCCAGAUCCUCCAAUCUGUCACGCCGCAAUCGCAUCCCGGACUGUUGGGCAUCUGCCUCUCAGGUGCUGGCCCGACGAUACUGGCUCUUGCAACAGAAAACUUUGACAAGAUUGCCGAGCAUCUUUUGCAAGAGUUCAAAAAAGAGGGCAUAGCGUGCGAUUGGAAGCUCCUUGAGAUAGCAGAAGAGGGCACUGUCGUCACUCGUCCUACCAAGACACCACAGCCAGCCGGCGAGGCAUUGACAUAUGCAUCCUCUGGUGUCAGCAUCGAUGCAGGAAAUGAGCUCGUCAAGCAGAUCAAGGCACUGACUGCCAGCACAAAGCGACCUGGAGCGGAUGGCAAGAUCGGUGGAUUUGGCGGGCUGCUCGAUCUGCAGGCGGCUGGAUACAAAGAGGCCCCGAUUCUUGUGGGUGCCAUCGAUGGAAUCGGCACAAAGGUCAAGAUUGCUUUUGAAAUGGGCAAGCAUGAUACGGUUGGAAUCGACCUUGUUGCCAUGAACGUCAAUGAUCUUGUCGUACAGGGUGCGGAACCACUCAUGUUCCUCGAUUACUACGCUUGCAGCAAGCUCGAUGUCGAGGGCGCAGCAAAAUUUGUCGAGGGCGUCGCCAAUGGCUGCCGGCAAUCAGCGUGCGCUCUUGUGGGUGGUGAGACUGCAGAGAUGCCUGGUAUCUAUCAAAAGGGCGAAUAUGACGCAGGUGGAGCAGCCAUUGGCGCCAUCAAGCAGGGCGCAACGAUAUUGCCGGACACAGCUUCCAUGGGCGAGGGUGACGUGCUCUUGGGUCUUGCAUCAAGUGGAGUUCACUCGAACGGCUUUUCGCUUGUGCGAAGGAUCGUUGAGGCGCAGGGCAUGUCAUACCUGGACACUUGUCCUUGGAGCUCCGGUGAGAAUCUAGGAACCGCUCUCCUGACACCAACCAAGAUCUACGUCAAGCCGCUGCUAGCUGUAGCCCGGCGGGGCUUGAUUAAGGGUAUGGCCCACAUUACGGGUGGCGGCCUGCUUGAGAAUAUCCCGCGCAUGUUGCCGAAGACCCUAACGGCCGAACUGGAUGCGAAAUCAUGGCCCCUUCUAGACGUCUUCAAGUGGUUGAAGAAAGCGGGCCGGAUGGAGCAUACGGAAUUUGCGAGAACCUUCAACACGGGUCUCGGCAUGGUGCUUGUUGUGAAACAAGAGGACGUCAGAACUACCAUGGACCGAUUGCAAGAGUAUGGCGAGAAGGUCUAUGUGGUUGGGUCGCUGAAGAAGAGGACUGAUGAGGAGUGCAUUGUGAACAACAUGGAGGUCUGGGGUUAA